GAUUCUGUUGCUCAUUUUAUUGUUCAUUGCCCAUCUAAAUGGAGUAUAUGGAUUGAAAUCCUCAACUUUUUCUCCUCCGAUAUCUAUAUAAGUUUUUCAGCCCUUUUCAGAAUGCUUUGUCUCCAAACUUUUCAUUGUCCUGGCAAUUGGUCAGUGGCAAAACUGGAAAGCUUACUGGAACUUGGUCAUCAAUCAAGCCACUUUCAAACCCUUCUAAGUUAUAUCCAACACCAUUACUCAAAUAGCAAUUUCCAUAAAAGCGCACUCUUUACUUCAACUCAAAAUUGUCAACAUUGA